AUGAUUGCACGUAAUGCGUUCUCGUUAGAGCACAAUGCACCGGCUGCAGUGGUGUCAGUCACCCCGGCUAACGGCGCUGGCCCUAUACCCGCAAUGGCGAAGUGGUACAGUCGCAGGGGAACCGUUACAUGUACUUGCCGAGUUGAGUGCACGCGCCUCGCGGUCGCCGACACUAGUUAUUACAGCAGCCCCCCUCCUCCUCCUCCUCCUCCUCCCCCCCCCGCACACCUCUCCCCCUCACCAUAG